AUGGCAGGCGAAGUCACCAAAGACCAUCUCUGGCCAGAGUUCCACUAUGGACCUAAUGGACAGUUCAGAAGUUUUAGUGCUACCGGGACAGUUCAACUCAAGUUCAAAAUCGACGGAGCUCGCGAGAUAAAUACAGACGACCUUGGCAGCCAGAAGUUAAGGGCUGCGGCAGGGACCAGUGCUGGUUACGGCUCAGUGACGUCACAGUUCAUAGAAGCACGUGAAGAUUCAGCCACUUAUUUUGAAUUCUUAAGUAGAACAGGAGAUAUUGUUUGUAAUUCAGUUGCAGUGACAGUUGUGUGUGGACUGUGCAUGGGCUUACCCCUGGCCAUGAUAUGUAUAGGCGUUCAAUACCUUCAAGAAUGUCCAAAACAACCUAAAAUCCCCAUAUACCUACUAGUUGGUGGCUGCUUCGGUGUUCUGAAACUAUUAGCUCUGAUAUGGAAACAACAUAAAGCCAGGCGCCUGGAGAGAAUGGACCAAAUGUACGAGGCCGAAGAUGACGAAAUGGAGGACCCAGUCAUGUCGCGGUCAUCUAAAUUUACAGAGGGCAUACUGACCUUGUUCUUAUUCGUCUGGUUCAUACUGGGCAAUGUGUGGGUAUAUGGAAUAUGGAAACCUCGGUUUGAACAAGUUAUAAUGGAACCUGGCAACUGGUGCGACGAGACUGUGUAUAUGUUUGCAUUUGUGCAGAUUAUCAUUGUUUAUGCCAUGAUAUUUCUGGCAUGUGUUGUUCUCUUGGGUCUCUAUAUUUGUCAUCGGUGUGAUCGAAAAUGAUAAUUUAUAACUAUAUCU